AUGUCCUCACUAAGAGAAAGUAACGAGAAGUACAAUGAGUGGAGUAAGAAACAGGAAAGGUUAACAAACACCCUUUUGGAGAAACUCGACCUGAUGAACGGUCAUUUGGAGUUGCGCAGUGAUGGCCUAACGACGAAUGAAGAAGUCAAGAUGAUGGCGGAUAAGUUAGAAACGAACAUUAUCUCCCGUUUGAUGUCUGAGAUACAGAAGAUAAUCUCGUCUCAAAAUGAUGCAAAACAGUCAGCCGGGUCUCUUCAGGAUAUCGUCCAGGAGCACUUUGAGAAGCUGCAUAACAACAUCGCCGAUCAACAGGAGACUCAAUCAAAAGGUCAGCAGUGGCAUAAGCAAACACACCAGGCUCUCGUUGAGCAUCUGGGGGACAUUUCUGCCAAAACUCUCGCCACCCAGAAGACCUGCGACGAAACAAAUAAAAGUUUAGCCAGACUUGCUACUGGCCAUUCGGUUUGGCAAGAAGGGUUCCAGACUCAUAUUGACGACAGGUUAGCCAAACAGCUUCAAGACCGUGAAUCAAAGAUCGGGGAUCUGGAGAAAACUCUGCACCAGAUCUCUCAAGAAUGGUCUAAGAAGCUCGAUCUCAUGAAAACUUCCAUGCUUGAGAGCGACGAGCAGGCCAAAGAAUACUUGCAAGCAACUAUUUGUGAUAUCAAAACUACGCUCACGACAAAGCUUGAGGAGGAAAGGGUUGCCUCAGAGAAAGAGAUCUCCAAGUCUGAAACUAUGCAGGCAGCGGUAGAGGCUCAUCUUCAACAAGUCAAAAUUCAACUCGAAGGGAUGUCAUCGAUUGGUCCAGAAUCUCAGUUGUUGCGCGAGACGUUGGCUGAAGAACGCAAGAAAACCCACGAUCUACAAAAACAGCUUGCUGCUUUGGAGUGUGGCUCCGGUGUAAAUGCAGAACUAUUCCAGAGACAGAUACAGGAUCUCAAAGCAAUUGAUGCUUUGAAGAACCAGCUAGAAGGAAUGACCGAGCAGGUUCCCAGGGUGGAAAAUCUUAACACCACGUUCAACAAGAUGGUUGAUCUUAAUCAGGUAAUGCAGUCUACCGCCUUUUACCUGAGCAAAGAGCGCCACUGGGUUAAUGAGAAACUGGGCGUUGUACCGCAACCUGUCGGCUCGCAUGCACCACGAGGGGGCGAGACAGGAACUCAGUCCUCUUACUUUAAUGAGCGCGCUCCUGAAGAGCCUAAGUCGUGUGGUCAAGAGAAGAGUACUGACAGGGAGGGAUCGACCAGCCUGAGUGGCCUCACUACUCUUGAUUUACAUUACCAGGAAGAAAGAUAUCGUCGUAAAGUCGUCGUAGCCAGUCCGGCAUUGGAAGCAUCUUCACCAGCACCGGCGCCCUCGGUAAUACAGGAGCAAACGAGGCGCCGAGAAGGCUCUGCCCCCCGAUCUAUCCUACGACUUUCGACUGCCCCGACGCAGGAAACCGAUACUAUCAGACCACCUGCAAAUCACAGUCAGUACAACAGGCCUGUGGUAGCUAAAGUCAAUUCGGCAACAGGCUGUAGCAACCCUGAGAUGGUUGAACAGAUUCGGUCGGGUUUGAUCCAGCCAAAGUCUGCACGCCCUAACUGGGACUUCCCUACUAUGGAAGAUUUUGCCAAAGAAAUUCUGCCAACUGGCAAGGAUGACGGUGGAAUCGGGAAAAAGCACAGUAUCUCUUUUGUGGACAAGGAAGACCAUAUCGCAUCUCCUAACAAACGAGUCAAGUCGGAGGAAGCACCAGCCGACUCGCAACCUAAGAGUUCAGACAGGCCUUUGUUGCUUCGAACACGCCAUGUGAUCCGAAAGACGUACUCGAAGCAGUCGAACUAA